AGUCGUUGAUCCCACAGUCUCGACUCCUGACAACAACAUUUUGUCCUCCAGAUAAGUAGUAGCCUAGCCUAUAUCGAAAACCAGUUUAAAUCUUAUAUGCACAGAUUCAAUUAUUAUUUCCUCCCAGUGUGAAUGGCUGUGGAGUGGCAUCAUUAUUAAAUAAACAUCGUUCACAUCGUUCUGCGCUGGUCUAAAAGUCCAGGUUCCUGACACUUGGGAUGUCAUCUCCAGACACUGAAACUGGCAAGGCAACUUCCAAAGAGAGUGGAUUUAGAACCCCAGGGUUUAAAGGGGUGCGAACCACAAAUGUUUUCCGUGCCGUUAAUCCGGAGCUCUUCAUCAAACCUAACAAGCCGGUCAUGGCCUUUGGACUGGUGACAAUCUCCAUGUGUGUAGCAUACCUGGGCUACCUUCAUGCAACUAAAGAGAACGACCAACAGCUGUAUGAAGCGAUUGACAGCGAAGGGGAGAGAUACAUGAGGAGAAAAACCUCGAAAUGGGACUAAUCCGACUUAAUGAAAAAUUGUUUAGGGCGCAAGGAGGAAGGCCGUGUCUGUUCCAGUUGAAAUAUCCGUAGGUUACACGAGAUGUCCACACUGAUCCAACAAGAGCCAAUAAUGUUUUAUAUUAGUAAGGCUACAACAAGAUUAAAAAAAUUGUCACCUGGGAUCUAGUCACUUUAUUGUGUUUUGAUAUGCUAUCUGCAUUUAGACUCAGGGCUAGGCUAUACCUUUUUGGUGCUGGCUAUGGCAAGGUCUUAAAUUAACUGUAGCUUGGAAUAGGCUCUAUAUCUAUUCAUGCUAUGCAUAUGGAUUGACAGAUAAUGACUGACAGCACUGAAUCCCAAACAACCAUGGAUAUAGGUAGGCCUAUGUGGUAAGAGUUUUGACAAUACAUGUUAAUGUUAGUCAAUCUGUUAUGUAAUUUGGUCAGUGUGAACCAGUAAUGAGAUUUACAUCACUACUCAAAAUAUGUCCCCUUAUGAA